AUCUAAUCUUAUCGUAUAAACCUCUCAGUAAUCGAAUCCAUAUGGUUAGGGUUUGAAGGAGGUAAGUGAGAGUUUCGUCAAAUGUCAGAAGGUUCUCGUCGGAGCAGGGUCACUAUCACUCUAGGCCGUAGCGGCCAGGUGGUAAGUCGAGAUGGAAGUGAUUUAGAAGAUGAGUUGCCCAGAGUUGGGACCAAGCGUUCUGUCAAAGAGAGAUUAGGGAACCUGUUGGAUAGUGAUGCCGUCACUAAAAGGUGUUUCCUUUUUCCUUUGAGUUCAUGGGGAUGAGAACAAUGAGUGUUGGUUGAUGCAAUCAUAUUGAUUUCUAUGAUUGUCAGUGAAAGUUAGGCCUUUUCUUUGGGUUCAUGGAGCUGGCAAAGAGGGGAAGCUAGUUUCAGCGGAAAUGAUUUGCAGAUAAGUAAAAAUGAUCUCCGGUUCAAACUGUUGCAAAGAAAUGCCAAGAGACGAACUCAGAGCGAUGGAGGCAGCAGCACUAUGGAUCUUCGUCAAAAGCUUCUCUCCAAGAGUGAGCAGCCUCCUCCUCCUCGUAGCCUUGAUAGCCGUCCUCGCAUGGCUGAGCCAAGGGAUGGCCCGUUACCUCCUCCUUCAGGAACUGUCCGUGGUCCCUCGCACAUGCUUUCAUCAGGCAGUAACUAUUCUCCUCGGACUCGGGAUGAUAUACCAAGGAGAUCUCCAGAGAGGCUUGUGGGUAGUUCCAGGGGCCGAUCGCCUCCAAGGAACACUGGAAGUAUCAGUGGCACUCCAAGGGCGCUAUCACCGCCAAGGAACACCAGAAGCUUCAGUGGUGGUUCUAGGGCUGCUCUAUCGCCGCCAAGAAACGCUGGAAGAACAGUUGGCCAUCCAAGGGAUCUAUCAGUAUCACCACCUAGAAAUGCUGGAAGAAUGAUUGGCAAUCGAAGGGAUCUAUCAGUAUCACCUCUUGGCCAUCCAACUCCAAGGGACCUAUCAUCUCCAAGACAUGCUGGAAGAAUGAUUGGCCAUCCAAGGGAUCUAUCACCGCCAAGAACUGCUGGAAGAAUGAUUGGCCAUCCAAGGGAUCUAUCAGCAUCACCGCCUAGAAAUGCUGGAAGAAUGAUUGCUCGUCCAAGGGAUCUAUCACCGCCAAGAGAUGCUGGAAGAAUGAUCGCUCGUCCAAGAGAUCUAUCACCGCCAAGACAUGCUGGAAGAAUAAGUGGCCAUCCAAGGGAUCUAUCACCACCAGGACAUGCUGGAAGAAUAAGUGGCCAUCCAAGGGAUCUAUCACCGGCAAGGAUCACAAAUAGCUUCAGUAGUGGCUAUAGGACUAUGUCCCCAACUAGAAAUGUGGGAAGCAGCUACAUGAGCUCUUCUCGGGGGUUUUCCCCUCCUAGGAAUCCUGGAAGCUACAUGGGUUCUUCAAUGGGUUCGCCUCCAUCAAGGAACGUAGAUGAUUUUAAUGGACGAAGCAGGAUGCUUGAUGAUGUGAGAGCCUCACCGUAUGGAUUCAGAGGUGUCCUAAAUAGUCAAGCACCAACAAGCGGCCCUACUUUCGCCAGGCCAAUGUUACCUCCUCCGGUCCCAAACCCUCAUCUGUUACCUCCUUUGAGUCAGCUUCCUCCAUUUGGAAGUAUUAUGCAGAACAGUCCCUUCCCUGUGGAAGAGCCUCUAACAGUAGACAGUUUUCUAGAUUCACUUGGACUUGGAAGAUACUCCCUUGCCUUUAAGAGAGAGGAAGUGGAUAUGAACACAAUAAAGCAGAUGAAAGAAAGUGAUCUAAAAGAUCUCAUCAUACCAAUGGGGCCAAGGAAGAGGAUUCUUCAAGCGAUAGCGUGUCUUCCAAGAUAAUAGCUAUGAGAAACUGGUUUGGUGGGCUCUUGUUGAUUCUCACUCUUUUGGUCUUUGCUGGCCUUUUUUGGAGAUCCAAACUAAGGAAAUGUUUUUUGAGAUUCAGAAUCGAAACUCUUCUCUCCGGAUAUUAACUGUUAGGCAGAAUUUUCCUCUGUAGUUCUUCUCUGUGAUGCAGUUUUUUUUUUUUUUUGGACAAGUUGUUGACAGAACUUAACUACUUGUCCAGGGUUUCGUGUCUUAUUUUGAAAUGCGACUGGCACGAGAGCUGUUUCUCAU